UGAUCCUCAACUAAUGUGGAUCUAGAAUUGGGCUAGUGGAUUGACAAUCUUACCAUGUUUUAUGAUCCAGCCAAGGUGAGCCUGACCCCGUGGGAAACGGUCCGGGUAUAUUUCCGACAGAUUCCAAAAGUUGGCUUCGUCUUGUGGAUGAAGUUUGCGUAUACUUUUGCCCCAAAUUUGGCUCAGAAAACCGUGAACAUGAUCAAGAAUGACAACUCGUACGAACUGGACGUGACCCGUCUCCGCAAUUUGUACGGCUCCUUCGAGUUUGUUCGUUUCUUUCUCAAGGAGGACGCUUUGCAGAUGCGAUGCCAGGCCGCAGCCGGAAGUAAGGCACCCAACACGAAGGUGGUGGAUCUGGCCACCAAGAACGAGAUCGACUUACUCUCCCUUCAGCGGGGAGACCGCCCCCUGGUAGUUAAUUUUGGCAACUGCACCUGACCUCCGUUCAUGGCCAAGAUCCGUGCGUUCGAGUCUCUGGUAAAGAAAUACGCACACUUGGCCGAUUUUGUCGUGGUCUACAUUGAGGAGACCCAUCCUCUGGAGCUUGGGCACGUGAAGGGCAACUAUGAGAUCUCCUCGCACGAGAAUCUGGAGCAACGCUUGGCGGCCGCCCAAAUCCUUGCCGAUGAAGUGAGCCUUCAAAAUUGUCCCAUUGUGGCAGACACGAUGGAUGAUGCUACCAAUAUUCUUUAUGGAGCCAUGCCCGAGCGGUUGUACAUCAUCCGAGACCACAAGAUCGUGUAUCAAGGGAAUCGGGGCCCUUUUCUUUACGACUUGAAGGAAAUGGAACAGAAUUUGGUCCGAUUGUUGGAUCAACCAGAAGCAGUAAUUACCAACG